AGGAUGCAGCGGCGGCGUUCGAAGGAGGUGAAGCCGGUCCCCGGAGCGGGUCGGCCCAAACCGGCUCCCAGACCGAAGCCUCGGUCCCCGCAGUGCAGAGCUCUGUACGCCUACGACGCCCAGGACACCGACGAGCUCAGCUUCAACGCUGAUGACAUCAUUGAGAUACUCACUGAAGAUCCAUCCGGUUGGUGGUUCGGGAAGUUGCGGGGCAGAGAGGGGAUGUUCCCCGGAAACUACGUGGAGAAAAUCUAACCGGGGAGGUCAAAGGUCAAUGACCUGUUGCUGCAGCUUGUUCAGAGGUCACUGGAGCUUUCAACACAUCAGCUGACAGGAAACAGGCAGCUGAUCAUGGAAUAGAAAGAGUUAAUUCAUAAACAAACACGUGUCUGUUUCAGUCAGGGACGACAGCUGUAAGUCAACCCAGAGGUCAAAGGUCAGGCUCUGGUGCUCCGACCUGCCGACUGAAAGCGUCCCGUAACCCUGCGGACAGUCAGGUGAAACGUCCCCAUUAUGCAGAGUGUCUGUCCCAUUAAAUGUCCCGUGUCUGUCCCGUUAAAGCAGCAGCCCCAUCAAAUUUUACAUCAGUGUUACCAUGGAAACCACCAUGUUGCAGCGCCCCCUACAGGCUCCAGUGUUCAUGACAGAUGUGAAAGUGUUGACAAAACAAACAGCAUACUGAAAACAUUUGCAAAUAUCUUCUGACAAGAUAAAAGAAAAGAAAAAAGAUGAAUAGAAGCUAAGUGUCACUUUAAUAUAUCAAAUGAAAAAUAUUAAAUAAAUCUUUUAUUCUUCUGAACGCUAAAAAUGUGACUGAACGCUGUUUAUGAACCCAUAAAAAAAGUUUUUAUUUCUCUGAUCGAAAAAAUAGAAUAAAUAUUAAAUAUAGAAAUAAAAUAUAUGAAUGAAUUCAGAAUUAAAUAAUGUUCUGUAGCUAUCACCCUGUCAGAUUACAAACAGGUCAGAGUCUGUUUUAUGUUUUACAAUAAUCAACAUGAAUGUUGUUUUAGCUCAGAGGAUCAUCCAGCUGACCCUGGAACAGCCAAUAAACUCACAUUUCAGUACAAA